AUGCCUGCAUAUCAAGGCGAUGACUUGGUUACGGAUAUCCGGGUGUUACAUCGAGUCUUCUGGAGUUAUUACCCCUGUAUUAGAGCAUUCAGACAUUGUAAACCAGUUGUCCAAGUAGAUGGGACUCACUUGUACAGAAAGUACAAGGGUUGUCUGUUGGUUGCAGUUUCACAGGAUGGAAACAACGAUAUCGUCCAAAUUGCAUUUGCUAUUGUGGAGGGAGAGAUUUCUGAUGCGUGGCACUUUUUUCUGAGUAACCUGCGACAGCAUGUAGUGAUGCGGGAUAGUGUGGGACUGAUCUCUGACCAACACAAAUCCAUCAAUGCAGUUGUGGCUCGCAGUAACGGAGCUUGGUCGCCUCCCAGAGCUUUCCACAUGUUUUGCAUCAGGCAUAUAGAGUCGAAUUUUUUGAGAAAGUUUAAGGCACCAUACCUACAGAAGCUUGUCGUCAAUAUAGGAUAUUCGAGGACGGUCCGCGAGUACGAAUUGUGUUACCAACCUUUACGAGAACGGGGCGAGGCUUACACAACCUGGCUAAACCGAAUCCCCCGCGAACAGUUGCAUGCAAAUCAACUUGCUUCAGGAAACAUCCAGGUGAAUUGCUUCGACAGGCAGAAUGAGGUCUUUGAAGUGCGUGAGAUGGCAAGUGGAGUGGAGUUUGCCGUCGACCUCCGUCGACAACGAUGUGACUGCGGUGAGUUCCAGGUGGACCGAAUUUCUUGUAGACAUGUGUUUGCGUGUUGUGCAAAUCAACGACUAGAUUGGCAAGUUUAUGUUCAUGAGGUGUAUAAGAUUGACCAAGUUCGACGGGUUUACCGAGCCAGGUUUAGGCCACUGGAGAAUCCUACUACAUGGCCUGCUUACAACGGGCCUCGAUUCGUUCCGAAUCCGUACCUGAGACGAGUAACCAAAGGUCGUCCAAGGAUGACGUGCUUCUUGAACGAGAUGGACACGCGAAUGUUACGUCGUCCUAGGAUAUGUAGGCAAUGUGGGGCUGAGGGACACAGCCAUAGUAGAUGUCGUUAG